UAUUCAAGCAGAUAAUUUCAGAUUUAUUAUACUUUCUGAAUUAAUUAUUGUGUUAAAAAAAAUGAAUAAGCAGAUUAUCAUUUUAAUUAUCAUCGGCUCAGGACUUGCCGUUUUUUGCCGAGUGCAAGAUAUUUCGUCAUAUUUAACAGAUAAACGUUUCAUCGAUAAAGAACUUCAUUGCUUACUCGAGACAGGGGAUUGCGAUGGACUUGGGAAACAAAUAAAACGUGUAUUACCCGUAGUCCUCAAGGAUAAAUGUCGUCGUUGCACUCCGCUGCAGAAAGCAAAUCUAUAUAAAUUGAUACAAUUUUUACAAUCGCGAUAUCCCACGCAAUGGCGCACGAUCGAAGAAAUGUAUUCUUCACCAACUCAUUUUAAUGAAAACAAAUAAUCUCGUUUGUUUUUUCAUUUUGUUUUCGAAGAUGAUUAUAUGACGAUGUGAAU